CUCUUCCUGACAUCAAACCUCCUCCUACUACAUCGAAACAGCUCUGAUAAGCUGACCAACUAACGAAUUCGCCGCAACCAUGUCCGACCAGCUCUCCCCCGAAGAGCGCUAUGACCUCGCGACCAAGCUCAUCGUCCAAUCCCCCCCUGGACAGGUGAACGACGUUAUCGCAGCCAUCCAGAUCAUCGUCGACGACAACACCCCCGAGUUCAAACAAAAAGUCUUGUCCAGACUCCGGGAAUACCAUCAAACCCAGCUCCAGAGCGUUACGCUGGACGGUUCUUCUUCUCCUACCUUGAUCUCCACCGCCUCAAUCGCUCUCUCUACCUCUACCACGGAGGAGGACGAUGGGAAAGAGGACCGUUACGUAGACCCUCAAUCUAGACGGUCGUUCAAGUUGGACCAUUUCACGCUCAAAGCUACGGAUUUCCUGCCUUAUGAGAUCAAGCCGGAGUUCGAGACGUUCCGGACCGACCUCCAAACCGCCCUCACCCAGUAUAUCGCCGCCCACUACCCUUCUUCCGAAGCUGUGGGUAGCGUCUUUUGCUCGGCCCGACCUAUCGCUCGAAAAGCACCUCAGGCGGAAGUUCAGGUUCAGGAUCAAGCUCAAGCUGUGGGUGGUGCGGAGACCGGGAAGCAGGAACAAGCGGAGGGGGAUCAGAAAGAGGUUGAAGAUGACAGCAAAACCUCGAGGAUUGCCGCUACUCAGGUUGAGGACAAGAGCGACCCGGACCUUCCCGCUGAGGCUGAAAUUGGCGAGGGGGUCGUCCAAAAAGAAGAUUCGACCACUGUUCCAGACCCAGCCGCAGAGAGUGGUGUCGAUACCCAGGCUGGGACACCCAACGCAGCUUCAGCCGAACCGACCGUCUCUUCUGCCGAUCCCGCUGCUGACCCCAGCGCCUCCACCGGAACCGGAACCGAGACGAGUGAGACAGGUAUCCUCGCCGCAGCAAACUCCGCCGUAGCCGCCGUCUCUGAGACGGUGGAGACGGUCAAAGAAGCCCUUGUCGCUGAGGUACCUGUAGGAGGGGUAGCUGGGUUGGAGUCGGAGAAGCCGGCUGUUGUCAGUGAGGGUGAAGACACCAAGACCGAGAACGAGAACCCUGGACAGGAGGUGGAGACUAAGGGCGAAGCGGCGGAAGAGCCCGUACAAGAAGCGCAAGAAGAAGAAGAAGAGCCGAGGUACACAAUCUGUAUCGUUAGCAACAAGUACAACACUAACAAUUUCUGGACGGGCCGAUGGCGUUCGACUUGGACGGUCGAUACCAAAGCGGACAAGCUGCACGGCGAGGUUUUCGUCGACGUGCAUUACUUCGAGGCCGGGAACGUCCAACUAUCUACCACCCAAUCCUUCGACCUCCCUCUCCCACCCGCCGAAUCCGGCCGAGCAGGGAAGAUCGUCAACGGGAUCGCCAAGCUGGAAGCCGAGUACCAACUCAAGCUCGCCGAGACGAACCAGCAAUUCGGGGACAAGGAGUUUAGGUCGCUUCGACGUGCGCUGCCGAUUACGAGGACCCGGGUCGAUUGGGACAAGGUCUCUGCUUAUCGACUUCGUUCCAAGGCCUAGGCACGGUUUCGCCCUCGUUUGCGCCGUUUCUGCACAACCUGAAUGGGUGUAAUGUAAUGUGGUGUAUCUAGAUAUCUCCCCCUUUGUUCAUCGUUCCGUCUUCAUCUCCAUGUCAUAUAUCGUGAAUACAUA